CCGCCGGAUCGGACAUAGGUGAGCUUGCGCUCUCUUUUUUCCCAUAACCGCAUACUACAUCAUGGGAAUUACCGUUUUGACUACUUUUUGUAUUGAGUGAAAACAUUGAGGAUUAUGAAAAGUGAAACGUUUACUAUAUACUGUGAUUAGUGGGUUUUUCUUUUUGAGAUCGAUUGUGAAAAAGAUUCAACAGUAAAUGACAGCACGUAAGCUCCUUCAAUGUAGACAUUAAUGUCAAUCAAUAAGGAGUAAGCACGUUUGUUCGCGGCUAAUCGUGACUGAACCACAGGGGAUGCGAAUGUUGAGGGAGGAGGAUGUCUUUGGACCGAGUUUGGGGGUCGAGGAUAUUCCUGAUGCUAGCAACCGCCACACUUGUCACAGCGACCUAUCAUCGUCGACAUAGUCUGUCUUAUUUUUACGACAACUAUACUGACUUAAAUAAACUGUCGAAUAACGUCACCCGUAUAUCUGACGAUGGACAACAGCAAAAUCAACACCAGCAUCAGCAUCAUCAUCACCAUGAGAGCGUUGGCGGUCCUUUGAGAGUGCCGCACUUGAGGCAUCACCAUGGAUCUCAUCGUGGCCCUUACUUUGAGAAUAUCGAGGGCCACGAGAUCAAUGUCUCGGAGAAUGUCGCCCAUCUCGGUGACACCACCCUUCUCGACUGCCGUGUUGCUAUGCUCUCUGGCAAAGUGGUGAUGUGGAUACGGCAAAGUCCAAACCGAACACUGUUAACCGUGGGCAAAAGUACAUUUUCAGCAGAUCCACGUUACUCGGUGCAUUUCAAGUAUCCGAACAACUGGCGGUUAGCUAUUUCGGCGAUCCAAAAGGAAGAUCGUGGUGUGUAUGUCUGCCAAGUGAACACGCACCCGCCGAAAAUGCUCGUGACUAACGUCACCAUUCUAGCUCCCGACAUAAGAAUAGUGGAUGAAGCGAACCAUGAAAUACGUGAUCGCUAUUACAAAACCGGAAGUGUCAUCGAGUUGACGUGUGUGGUAAGGCCAUCGCGGCCUAACUCAAAAGUACCACAUCCAGUGUGGAAGAAAAAUGGCGAAUCGCUACCAGAUCACGUCGACGUUUAUCAUAGCAACGGAACGGACAACGAAUUAUUAACGAGGCUGCGGAUCGAGCAUGCGAGCAAGAGCGACAGCGGCGAGUUCGCCUGCAGCAUUGGUCAGUUUAGCACAAGCUUCGUGAAUAUUCAUGUGCUCAACGGUGAGAAACAAGCAGCUGUACAUCAUGACCAGUGGAACUUGGCAAACCGGCAAUACCAGAUUUCAGUAGUGACAGUCGGAAUGCUCUUCCUGCGAUGUCUGUUAUAAAGUGAACCACCCAAUUGACAUUCAUAGACCACCGUUCUUCCCCCCAUGCAAAUAUUCAUACAUCUCUCCUAUGGCGUGGAUAUUCCGAAGAGGCCAUUCUCGGUGAUUACUAAUCGAGCCCUACAGGAGGCAACCGGCUGCUCUUCAUGUAUAUUUAAAGCGAUAUUAACGCUAAAGUUAUUGAAAUCUAUUCGAAUGAUUGAUUUCAGACAAUUUCACGUAGUAUUUCUGAGGCAGUGUGACAGUUUUUUCAACAAGCAUUUUUUAAUCCGAUCGUUUUUUGUCUGACAAAUGACUUAUUUAUAUCUUAUGGUUUCAUUUCCUAUGAAUUUGAAAAGUGUUAAACUGGUUUGAAAACGGAACAGAAAUAAAAACAUUUUGAUGAUCUAUUAAUGUAUUAUGAAAAGCCUAUAAACUGAUUUAUUUGUUAUGCAAUAAUUGGCUUUAAACAUCUGCUUUAACGCCGAAUUAUAGGAGUAAAAUAUAAUAUUAAGAAAUUAUGUAGUUUUCUGAUUUGUUAAAUUAUACAAUUUGUUUAUAAGUUUUACCUAAUAUCUAUAAUCUCCGUAAAUACAAGUAAAACUCACGAAUACUCAAAUUAGAUAUAAAUGAUCAACAGAAAGACUAUUGUACUGCCUCUUUCGGAACCAAAUAAACUUCUUGUAUAAUGUCUUGUAAAUAUUAUAUUAUUAAGAAUUACAGAAAGCGAAAAAUAUUAGUGCUAAAACUACACCUUUGUGUACUAUAUUUUCUUGAUGCAUACAUCUUUUCAUCAAGUAAGCUUGU